GUCCUGACGGUGUCUUGUGCAUUCUGCCGAGUGGCAGCAUUAUUUUUGUUCUGUGGACUGUCGUCCUGUCCACUGCCCCUCACCCUGCUGCUUUGCCUGGAUCUGGACUUGCUUUAGCUACUUUUGGAAUAGCACACCCUUUCUCUUGUUUUCAGCUAUUGUGGAUUGGUGAAUUCUUAGUUGUGAGCUGGUAAAGGAAAGGAAAGUCUGAUAUUAUAAGUUGACGCAGUGGCCCUCAGGAUGUCAGGAUCAUUACAAGUGAUGCAGAAGCAGCAACAGCAGCAGCAGCAGCAGCAGCAUCAUCAACAUCAGGAACAACAGCAGCAUCGCUAUGAGAGCAGCUGUCACCUGAGCACCAAGUCGUCUUUUAGCCAGCAGUCGUUCUCGACUUACAAGACAACCACCCGUCGCCUGAAGACCUCUGUGAAGACAGAGAAGGGGCAGGAGGUGGUUAAACUGAGCCCGCUACCCAAGAGAGCCAAACGCACUUACCUGGCAAUGGACACGGACAAAGAAGUUAUCGGCUAUGUCAUUCCUGUAUUCAGGGCUAGUCAUGAUGUUGUUCGCGGUCUGAUGGAGGCCCGGGAGGAAGAGGUCACGGAGGAGGGGAUUAACUAUGUGGCCAUGAGGAACCUGUUUGUCAGGGAGGCCAGGGAGGCUAUGGACGUUAAAGUGGUGAAGAAAACCAGAACAACGCAUGUCAGGGAAUCCGCCGAACGCCUGGAACUGAACAAGACGAUGGACGAGUGGACUGAGUUUCGUAAGAAAAUGAACCCAGACAGCCUGACACACCCUCCAGAGUUUAUCGUCAAGCCCCGUGGACAGACUGUCUGGGAGGGCAAGACUCUCAAGCUGCAUUGCACUGUGGCUGGAUGGCCUAAACCCAGGAUUGCCUGGUACAAAAACAAUGUGCUCAUUGAUGCCAAGGCCCACCCUGAGAAGUACACAGUCGAGAGCAAUUACAACAUGCACUCCCUGGAGAUCAAGAACUGUGAUUUCAUCGACACUGCUCAGUAUCACGUCUCUGCCCUCAAUGUGAAAGGGGAAGCAUCCUCUGUGGCUACUAUUGUUGUCAAAAGGUUCCAGGAGGGCGAGGAAGCAGGUCCACUUGAUCCUAAACCACAUGGUUUCUGCCCUGAGCAUGGUGUUACCUUUGAAACAACCAUCAUUGACAAAUUCGAAGUGGCCUUUGGCAGUGAAGGCGAGACACUGAGUCUGGGCUGCACUGUCAUCGUUUAUCCUACUGUGAAAAAAUACCAGCCUGAAGUCGUUUGGUACAGAAACUCUGUCCCCUUAAAGCCCUCUAAAUGGGUUCACACCCACUGGUCUGGAGAACGUGCCACACUCACCCUUGUCCACCUCAACAAGGAAGAUGAGGGCAUGUACACCCUGCGCGUCAACACCAAAUCUGGCUUUGACACCUACUCUGCCUAUGUGUUUGUCAGGGAUGCCGAUGUGGAGGUGGAGGGGGUUCCCGUGGCCCCCCUGGAUGUGCGCUGUCAUGAUGCCAACAAGGACUAUGUGGUGGUAACCUGGAAGCAGCCAGCAGUGGAGGGCAGCAGCUCCAUCUUGGGAUACUACAUCGACAGGUGCGAGGUGGGCACUCACCAUUGGGCUCAGUGUAAUGACUCCCCAGUGAAGUACGCCCGCUUCCCCGUCACAGGACUGGUGGAGGGGCGUUCUUACAUCUUCAGGGUGCGGGCCUUGAACAAGGCAGGAGUCAGCCGUCCGUCCCGUGUCUCCGAGGCCGUGGUUGCCAUGGAUCCCUCUGACAGAGCCCGCCUCCGAGCUGGCCCCUCAGCUCCUUGGACUGGGAUGAUCAAGUUCACAGAGGAGGACUCCACUGUGGGCGUUGUCCCUGGAGAGCCCACUGAUGUUGUGGUUACCGAGGCAACCAAGAGCUACGUGGUGCUUGCCUGGAAGCCUCCAGUGCAGAGGGGUCAUGAAGGAGUCAUGUAUUUUAUUGAGAAGUGUAUUUCAGGGACAGACACCUGGCAGAGGGUGAACACUGGUAUGCCAGUCAAGUCUCCCCGCUUUGCCCUGUUUGAUCUGGCAGAGGGUAAAUCCUACAGCUUCCGUGUGCGCUGCUGCAACUCCGCAGGUGUGGGCGAGCCCUCUGUAUCCACAGGAGAGAUCACGGUGGGAGAUAAACUGGACCUGCCCUCAGCUCCGGGCAAUCCAGUGGCCACCAGGAACACCGACACCUCAGUGGUGGUCUCCUGGGGGGCCUCUAAGGAUGUCAUACACCUGGUCGGCUACUAUAUUGAAUGUAGCGUGGUGGGCACCGAUGUCUGGAUGCCUUGCAACAACAAACCUGUCAAACAGACUAGGUUUGUAUGCCAUGGCCUGACUACCGGGACCAACUAUGUGUUUAGGGUCAAGGCAGUCAACGCUGCUGGAUACAGCCAGAGCUCCCCCAAUUCUGAUGCUGUGGUUGUGCAGGCUGCUAUAUCUGUCCCUGGAAAGCCCACUGGUGUGACCCUGCUGGAGGCUGUAAAGGACUACAUGGUACUGGGCUGGACCGCGCCUGCUAAAAAUGGAGGAGCCGAUAUCAGGGGAUAUUUUGUGGACUACAGGACCGUGAAGGGAGAUGUGGUUGGGAAAUGGCAUGAAAUGAACCACCAGGCAUUGACUACUACCUCUUAUAAAGCUGAGAACCUGAAGGAGAGCGUCUUCUACCAGUUCCAGGUGCGCGCUAUGAACAUGGCAGGUGUAAGUAAAGCUUCUCUGGCCAGUGCAGCUCUGGAGUGCAAGGAGUGGACCAUUACUGUGGCAGGUGCUCCUGUUGGUCUUCAUGUGCUGGAGGUUCGUGACACCUCCGUCGUGGUCCUGUGGGAGCCACCUGCAUUUAAUGGCCGCACUCCUGUCAAUGGCUACUAUUUGGAUGUCAAGGUGGCCUCUGCUGGAGAGGAAGGCUGGAAGGCUGCUCAUGAGAAGGCCAACAAGAUGAAAUACAUGAAGGUGACAGGGCUGAAGGCUGGUACAUCCUACGUCUUCCGUGUGCGUUCUCAAAAUCUUGCUGGUGUUGGAAAGCCCUCAGCAGUCUUAGGUCCAAUCCUGGCCCAGACUCGCCCUGGCACCAAAGAGAUUUAUGUGGAUGUCGAUGAUGAUGGUGUGAUUUCUAUGGUCUUUGAGUGCUCUGAGAUGAAUGAGGGCUCUGAGUUUGUUUGGUCCAAGAAUUACCAGGCUAUCACAGACACCUCUCGCCUGACUAUUGUCACUGAACGGGGCAGGUCAAGAGCUAUCUUCAACAGUCCCUCGCUGGAGGAUCUGGGCACCUUCUCCUGUGUGGUCACCAACACUGACGGCAUCUCCUCCAGCUACACACUCACUGAGGAGGGUCUCAAGCGUCUUCUGGACAUCAGCCAUGACCACAAGUUCCCUGUUAUUCCCUUUAAGAAUGAAAUGGCCAUGGAGCUGCUUGAGAAGGGUUGCGUGCGAUUCUGGACUCAGGUGGAGAAAUGCACUUCUGCCUGCCAAGUGGAGUACGUCUUUAAUGACGUCAUCAUUACUCAGGGAAAGAAAUACACAAUGAACUUCGACAAAUCCACCGGCAUCAUUGAAAUGUUUAUGGACUCUCUGGAGGUCACUGAUGAGGGAACUUUCACCUUUAACCUGGUGGAUGGCAAGGCUAAGGGUACAACCAGUCUGGUGCUCAUUGGAGAUGAAUUCAGGGAGCUUCAAAAGAAAUCAGAAUUUGAGAGGGCAGAAUGGGUCAGGAAACAAGGUCCACACUUUGUCGAGUACCUUGACUUCACUGUUACUGCAGAAUGUAAUGUGCUGUUGAAAUGCAAGAUAGGAAAUGUCAAACCAGAGACUGAGAUCACCUGGUCUAAGGACAGAAUUGAGAUUGCCGAGGAUGACGAGGAUGCUAAGAAAAUCGAGAGAAAGAACAGCGAGCUGACCUUUAAUAUCGGAAAGUGGGUUAUUAAGCAAGAGAAACAGAAAGAAAAAGAAGGAAAAAAGCCACCUGCCGAGGACGUUCCCCCGCCGCCAAGACCCAAAAUCUCCAAGAACGAUGCAGGUAUUUACGAGGUCUUCCUGAGGGACGACAGAGGCAAAGAUAAGAGCACCUUCAAUCUGACGGAUGCAGGAUACCAAGCUGUAAUGAAUGAGCUGUUCAGGGUUAUUGCCAAGUCCUCCUCUGAAAUCAAAAUUCUCAGUACUGAACAUGGCAUCAUCCUCUACUCCAUGGUCACAUAUUACAAUGAGGACCUGCGUGUUGGUUGGCUCCACAAAGAUGCUAAGAUUGCCGCCUCAGAGAGGGUUAAGUCUGGAGUCACAGGGGAGCAGCUUUGGCUUAAGAUCAAUGAGCCCACUGAGAAGGACAAGGGCAAAUACACCGUGGACAUCUUUGAUGGCAAGGACGGAGUAAAGAGAGUCUUUGAUCUGACUGGUCAGGCAUGGGAAGAGGCAUUUGAAGAAUUCCAAAGGCUCAAGGCGGCAGCAAUUGCAGAGAGAAACCGUGCUCGUGUUAUUGGAGGCUUGCCAGAUGUGGUUGCAAUCCAAGAGGGCAAGUCCCUGAACCUGACUGGCAAUGUCUGGGGCGAGCCUGUGCCAGAGGUAAGCUGGAUAAAGAACGACAAGGAGCUGGUGUCCGACGAGCGCUACAAACUCAAGUUCGAGCAUGGCAAGUUUGCCAGCAUCACAAUCGCCACCGUCACCACGUCUGACUCUGGCAAAUACGCCCUCCUGGUCAAGAACAAGUACGGCACAGAGGCUGGCGAGUUCACCGUCAGUGUCUACAACCCAGAUGACGAGGAGAACAAGGAGGAGAAGAAAGGCUAAAGGAUGAUGCAGUGUAAUAACAUAAAGCAGAAAAGAUGAACGACUGGGCUGUCUCCAAAGCAUUUUACCCCGGCACAUGCCGGUGCACCAAAGCAGUUUAAAUAAAUGAUGAAUGUAGCUGCUUCCUCGUGCGUCUUUCAUGUGCUGGGCUAAAGAGCUUUGGGCAUAGCUUGUCGAGGAAGCAAACAAUGAAUGAGAUACAGAGGGGAUUAUUGUGUGCUUGCAGUUGCUUGACAUGUCUUCUGUCACUUCUGGCCACUAUCAGCAUUAAAUGUAAUGUAUAAUCAUGGGA